AUGUCCAGCCUCGAGGAGUUUGACGCCGCGUGGAACCGCGAGUUCGGCGCAGGGAGCGCCGCGUCGCAGUCUAUCACCAAAAGCGACUUUGAUGCGCUCCGGCGCUCGCAUGCGGACACGGCGGAGCAAGUGACGCAGCUCACUGCGAUGGUCCGCGCCAUUUACGGCAUGACGCGCUCGUUCAGCACCGCGCGCGCUGCGCAGCCGGCCGCGCCGGCAAGCGCGCCAGCUGACACUCAGCAGGCUUCGAACGCGCCCGAGGCCAUUCAGGAGGUGCUCGCGAUCCUGCGCGACAUCAAACCGGUCCUGCUGCAUCCGAAAGGCGUUCGCGCUCUGAACGCGAGGCGCGGCAAGAGCGCCGACGCCGCCAUGAGCGCUCCUGGCGUCGGCAGGCUUGGUCGACUCCUUCUGCUCGUCCACGCCUGCCCGAGCAAGGCCGACUACCUCCCCGCUCUCGUCCUGCACGGGCACAAGCUCAACAUCUUCGAGGACACGGACUUCAAGCUCAAGGCGGGGCACGACAUCAAGCACGCGGACGGCUUGGCUGUGCCCACCAAGCUGGCGGGCGCGCUGGAGACGGGCGACCUCGAGACUGCGGAGUCUCUGCUGCGGCAGCGCUCGACUGCGGUGUCUCAGCUCGUGAACACCGCGCGGGGCCAGGUCACGGGCGCCAUUCGCGUCGGUAUCAAGGCGCACAUGGCGAAGCGCUCCACGACGGUCGUGCAGGGGCCCGACGGCCCCCUCCACCCGUACGCGGGGCAGUUCUUCCUCAGCGACGCGAGCGGCAACCUGUCGUUCCCGACCAAGGUCAUCGACGAGAAGGUCGUGUCGCUGCGCUGGUGUCCUGCGGACGAGCAGCCGCCCAUCUUCGACGCCAACGACGCCCUGGACAUCGGCGACGGGUCGCUCCUGCGUGCCGUGAUGGACCUGCUCCUCCCCUGGAAGUCCGACGAUCUGCCGGACGCGCUCUUCAAGUCCAAGAUCACGCCGGGGUUCCUUGCGCUGGUGGCGUACGAGUGGAACGUGGCCAUCAUGGACCUGCCCCCCAAGUACGCCACCAAGUCGGCGUGGCGUCAGGGCGCGUACAGCCGCUCGUACAAGGAGUACGUGGCCAUCUACGCCGACGUCGUGAUGCCGCUCGUCGUGCGCGGCGACCCCGCGCUCUUCACCACGUCGGAGGUGAUGUCCUUCCCUGGCAUGGACGGCAUCAACGUGCAGCCGCGGGCGUUGUGGGCGGAGCUGGCGCAGGUCGCCGCGACGGUCGGGGUGCCGGAUGGCCCGCCGUCGCCGCCGUCCGGGUCGCGGGGGUCGGCCGGCGGCGGCACUGCGGUGCGCGACGCUGGCGCUGCUUCCGCUGGCGCGCCGGGGGCCGCGACGGCCACGACGACGCCUGUCCACACGGGCUCCGGCAACACGACCGUGGCGGGCGACUCCGGGGCGGGCGCCAGCGCCGGGGGGGGCUCCGCUGGCGGCUCUGCUGCCGGCGACUCGCAGCGCCCGCGCUUCGUUGAGGGCCGCGCGGGCGGCGAGAUCGAGGGCGGCCAGCGCAUGCGGCGCAAGCGCGGCAUCGACGACUGCCACGGCGUGAUCUGCACGGAGAUGCGCCGGUCGCAGCGCAGGAAGGAGAAGGCCGGCGACGCCGGGCAGGUGUGUGCCGGCUGCCACGCCCGGUUCCACCCCGAGUGCAUGAGCACCCUGCGCGACAUGCUGCACACAGCCUACGCUGCGCAAGACUGGCGCGUGCGGCCUCAGAGGGGCCUGCGCAAGAUCCGCACGCGCGUCUGGCGCAGGCAGGCUGCUCAGGCUGCCGAGCCCGUGUUUGACCUGCGCUGCCCGAUUUCCGAGGUGUGGGAGCGCGUGCCCCUCAGGCGCGCUCGUUUGGCGGCGGCGUGUCUAGUGUACGCGCCCGCUUCCACCCCUUGCGCCGACGUGCUUCUCAUCUCUCUCUGCCUGCUGUGCCCCCUGUUGCGUGCGCGGACGCCUGACGCGCCUUCUCCCGCCCGCUGGACGCAGGUGCGAAACUAG